CAUCAGAAGCCCGGCAGGGUCAUUACAUCAUUGCAUGUUACAAACUUAACGGGAAGACACUGGGAAAGUGAUGAGCGACGUCUGGUAGAAUAAUAUACCCUGUUUACCAUUGGAUAUAUACCCGAGAGGAAGGCCGGCUUAUUUAACGGGGUGAUAAUCUCGUCUGCUCGCACACCGUCAGGCAGUUUGAUUACCGCGUUCGCUGCAGCAGCCGUGAGAUCUGCUAGCUGUCAAAUAUACCUGUGGUUUCACUGACAGCACAGCCCGAUUUACCGCCGUCCUACAUAGGAAGUGUCACGUGACCUAUUCACGGUCGCAGUUUGCCGAUUGAGAAGCGACUGUGAUAUUGUGUCGUCUGUUUUUGUUGCAACUCGACUAAUCUGGAUUUUUCUGCAUUGACAACCACUGACGAUAACAGAUAAGGUGCAGCGUGGAACAAGGAAUAUCAGUCCAGAUUGGCGUCCAACAACUCUGGCAGUUAACCCAGUGCAGUGCAGCGCCAUUGAAAUCCGUGCAGACACUGACAAGGGCGGAGAGGGAGAAAAUACGUCUGCUUUUUCCCGCCAAGUGACAAAACACGCGAGACAUCUUCGGAGAGGAAUAUAUGUGACAUUUCUGUGGAACUCCGUUACUAAAGCACUGAAAGGUAGUUCCUGAUUUCGCCUGAUGUUGCGUCGGAGAUGCGAGACAUCCGUGCAGGUGUGUAGUUUUAUGUGUGUGUGACACUCACGCCAACGUCAUGGCGGGCCGUCCCGUCAAGCUGUACGACGCCUCCGAGACGAAUGGGGGUGGGGCCUCUACGUAUCAACCCACGUUCAUGUAUGAGCCGGAGAGUCCGGUCCAACUGUUCGAUGCGGCCAAAUAUAAGGAGAAUAAUAACAAUAAUAACACCACGGACUACUCUAAGACCGUCCAGGUGAGCAAAGCCCCCGACACUUUCCCGUGCGGACAUAUUCUCUGCCACCACUGCCUGCGGAAACACAUGGCCAGACGGUAUACCAGUUUGAGGUGUCCUAUCUGCUUCAUGAGGUUUGACUAUGGGAGCGUGCCACCGUCACCGAUGUCGCCCAUGUCCCCGCUGUCGCCCAUGUCCCCGUUGUCGUCCAUGACGCCGAGUACAUCUAUGUCUUCUGUGGCCUCCUCUUCGGCGUACGACAGCGAACAAGAUGCGAGUAUCUCUUUGUUGACCAACUUUGACGAAAUCGUUAAGAAGUUUAACGGGGUGAAUAACAACUUGAGGCAUUUGAAGAGCGAGAGCGUUCAGAGUCGGAGCCUUGGGAUGACCUACACCAGCACCCAGUGUGACCUUUGUGGGGAGGAUCACGGAACGCUCAAGGUCAUCCAAGAAUUCAAUCAGCUGUCCUUGAAUCACGAACGGCCUAGCAGAAUAGCGUCCUACUUCUAUCGUCUGGCCCAGGGGAAGAUGCAGACGACAUUCUUCACGAAGGUGAACAGUGCCUGUGUCUGUGUGCCCUGCUCAUACAAGGAGCUCCGUGAGACCAACAACUUCCCGGAGCUACAGUACAUCUCGGACACCGAUGCAAUAUCCAAGCCUCAGUCCUGCUUGGCGGAGGUCGGGAAGCUGAUUGCAAAGAACGCCGCCCCAGUCAUGGCCCUGAAGGGCAAGAACGUCAUCGAGGUCGACCACACCAUCACCAUCAGGGAACGCGCGGACCAGUUCGACUUCAAUGAUACGGUGCAGCGAGUCGAGCGGAUGGUGAAGCAGCAGGAGAAGGACCUCGUCAACAUGGCGACCAAACAAAUCCGAGACACUGGCAAGUUGUACCACGUCCAGGAAAGCAAUGAGGUCGAGAUGGACCUGGAUGAAACCGUUGUGUAAAUAACGUGGACGUGAAGCAAGUCUAUGGAAGGAUUAACUACAUUCAUUUGUGAACGCUUGUGUAACGUGGACGUGAAGCAAGUCUAUGAAAGGAUUAACUACACUGAUUGUGAACGCUUGUAGAUAAGGUGUACUUGAAGCAAGUCUAUGUGAACGAUUGUACAUAGUAUAAUUUAUAACAAACUUCCCAUUUGCAGUUCUGAUAAUUCUAUUGGAUGGUGUGAUUGAACCAAGUGUAUAUAUGUGUAUAUUAUAAUAACAUGGCGACUGCCUCGUCAGCCUUGAUAGGCGACGACAGGUUGUGCAAGUACUGUCGGUGGAGGAAGAUCUUGCUAGGAUGUUCUGGAUUCCUGCUAUUGUUUAUUGAGUGAAAUUCUGCCAGUGUAAAUGGAAAAUGUAGUUACAAGCUUGGAUUUAACUGUGUUUAUGCACCAAGAGUCAGUAGUAAUAUGCGUGUGACGUCAAACGUGUGUCAGUGUCACUGUGUGUACGUAAAUGUACACAAUCUUCGGCUGUAUGAAGGUCAUAAACAGUAAUGACGUGCAUUUGUUCAACCUGCAUUCUUGACACCUCUUGGAUAAUAAUCAGUGAUGAUGACGAUGAUGAUGAUGAUGAAAUUAAUGGCAACCUUAACAGUAGCAGGCUGUAAGUAAUGUAACCACGGAAUGUUAGCAGGGCCAACAUUUCCUGGGACACCAUACAGCGUGGCAUUUGUAUAGAUUCAAUCUAAUGGAGAACGGUAUUGAUGGAUUUCACUGUGGUGCAUGAUGGUGUUUAAGUUGUCGUCGACGUCGUGCCCGUGAAGCGGUACAGUUAGUAUGUGGCACGUCAUCAUUGCGUCUGCAGUAACUAUCAGGAAUCCGCCUCCCUCCGUCGCCAACUCUGACCUCUCAUUCCAUCCCAAGUGAUGUCCGUGUUCUGUACAAAGCAUAAUCACCGUUCUUGCAUCUCCAACAGCACUGUCCUGUGUUAAUGGUGCAGCUAUAACAUAAUGAUGAAGUCGAAUGACCACUGCCUUGCAUCUGUAGUUUUCGAAAUUGUGUUUGCCCGACCUUUCCUUGUGUGACCUUGACAGUGCCCGAUAGGACCUUUGACCUGGCAGGCACAACAGGAGACAGCAGGGGUAACGAGGAGUAGUUACCCCUAUAACCGCUUCGAUUCUGCCCGGACCAUACCUUCAGGGAGAUUAGUGACGUCAUAGUGAUUGUGUGCGAUGUAUUUAAGUGACGUCAUAGUGAUUGGGUGCGAUGUAUAUAAUAGGGCACGUAGUGACCUAGGUGGUUUACAAGUUCAUGGAUGUAUAACGAUAAUGUCAAUGCCAUGCAGUGGAAUGGCAUAUACAUGUAUGUGAUUGACCUGGGUUACCCGAGGUCACCCGAGAAACGCUUUGCCCAAGUGCCCACGGAUCUGUCCGUGAUCUAUGUUAAAGUUAUUUCGGUGUUUAUGGGAGCUAUUCACCACGGACAGAUUAGAGAGUCAAUUUUGACUUCAUGGCAAACAAGUCUGAAUAGAGUGACGGAGAGUUAUAGACGACUGUGAUUUGUGACAAGGCCUUUCAUUGAAAUUACUUUCUGGCAAUAACAACAGGUCACUCUCGGAGGAUAGAAACAAGACAAGACGACCAAGCAGACAGGUCAGGUUGUGUAUCGACCACCACGUGACUGUAGUCAAAGCGACAUCUUUGUGCGUAGUAUAUUCUUAGAAAUAGUCUAUUUGUCAUAUUAAUGGAACAUAGUUUAUUCUUUAAAACAAGAUUUUGUUCGUCGCCCACUAGAAUGGAGUGUGUGACUGUUAACGUUUCUUAGUAUGGCAAAAUGUCCAUUUUACUAGAUUGUUGUAUAUGCUGGUUUGACAGAAGGUGAUGAUUUGCUGAGUCAGGUUGUUUUACCUUAUGUAACAAGGUGCCCGUUGUUGGUGACACAUCACUGUUGUCAGCUUCGCGGGUCAUAAUGUGUACAUACACCGAACGGAAAUGGGCCAAACAUUCUCUAUUUCAUAUGCAAGUUUAACAUCAUCGAUACUUCCGUUCUUUCAUCAUGCUAUCAGAGUGUGUCCCGGAACCUCUUUUGUCUAAGCAUAAUGUGGGGUACUCCAUCAACUCUCACCGUAACGCUCACCCGGUUUAUCUGACUUAAAUCACCUGAAUUCUACCUGUACUGUACUGCUGUGACCUUGGCAUACUGCCAUAUGUAGCAUGUUCGAUUGGAACAUAUGGUGUUAUUGUUAGCUAGUACCUAUAUUGACUAUUGAAUGCCUGCAAUGAGUCAUGUUUCCUGUACGGUUUCCGAUUCUACACUUAGCGCUCACAAAACAACAAUUUCCUUACCACUCGCUGAAAUAAUCAUUUAACUUAUUUUUUUCGGAAAGGAGUAAAUCGUGACAGUACGGUAUGGAUUAGUAGUGUAGCCAUCCGUCGAUUCUGCUCCCGGCAACAACGUGGGCGGCACGGUGUAGAGGAUGUUGUCAGUAAACGUUGCUACUUCUUACCGUAAUUCUUGAUUUAAAGGAGCGUGGUUCCUGGCAAGUGAAAUGGACUACCUAGAUGUUACUUUACGCUAAACAAAUUAUUAUUAUUAUUAUUAUUAUUUUUAUUAUUAUUAAAAGAGAACACACACACACCACACACACACACACCACACACACACACACACACCCCCCAUUCUGUUCACUCAGACGUGAAUGCGGUGUUGACAAGCAAUGGCAGGGAAAGUUAAGGAUACCGUCAACGUGUUAACUGGGAUGAUCCGAGAAUGUCUCCCUCCAUAUUUUACCACCUCAAUAUACCGCGGUGUCAACGAGUUUCGGAAUAUAGAUGCACAUGCACCUGGUUUUGAGGAUGGAUUUAUCAUAAUGAUAUUUUCGUGAUUUUUUUAAUAGUUUUACGGGUACAGUUGGUCAUAAAUUGCUCCUCUAAGGGUCCAUUGUAACACUUGCCAGUUCAAUGCCUUGAUAUUAAGAUUGUGAUGAAUUUUACAUUGUGGUCCGUCAUAUACUAGAUCUAGUAUUUGUGUUUUUGUCUCAGGCACCAAUCGAAGUCGUAAAUUGUCUUAUUUCUACAUAUUUCAAAAUUCCCACACCUUGAUAUACUCAACUAAGCUGUGUCUUCACCACUGUAAAUGUUGGCUUUUUUCUACACACAUUUCUCAGCAAUACGACCCGUUUCUUGUACACAUCAACCAUGCUUUGUACAUUGAGCAAGAUAAGAUGGGUCCCACUUCCGCCAAGGGAGAUAACUGAGUUUGGAUCUGGCCCCGUUGCUAUAGCAACUGUAUACCCACGUGUCUUUCAGGAUGUAAUUAGGGUGGUCUGGGGCCUGUAUGGUGCUGAUGAGUUGUAUAUUUUAAUAGUUGUGUAUAAUAAUUUACCGUCACCACAUAAUAUUAUGAUAUUACCUAAUCCUCGCAGAAUACACAUCGAGUGCAAGAACGACAACUCUGCAUAUGUAAUUUUCUUAAUAUAUAUACUUGCAAUGUACGAGGAUAUCUAUGCCCAGUGUGUGAUCACGGUAAUUGAUAAGUUAUCACUGAGCCAUAAUGAUUUAUUUAUGAGGCGACAUAUGUCAGUCAGAUGGGUCUUGCUCGGCGUGUAUUCUGCUAUAUUCACCUAUGCACAUUUUUGCCAGAAACUACCCAGCAUGACUAUGAAGUGCUAUGACAUGUAUAGCUAGCUAGCUAGGUCAGCGACAGUGUUUAGCGUAGUGAUACAUGUGCGAAAUUGUCUCGGCUUUGUACAUACGGUCUUGAUCUCGUGGCGAUGUGGAAUAUAGUGCGUCUAGUUUAAAUAUUUAUGAUAUACAGCUUUUUAAGUUAAUGGAAAUGUAGUCGCAUUAUAAGCUGUUGAAUUUAACAUAUUCAUUUUCCUACUUAUAAGGCUGGUGUGAUUUAUGGAGUUCAAGUAAUAUAGUGGAAAUAAAGUGAUCUCAUCGACAUUCAUCGACUCUCGUUGUAUCGAACGCGGUUGUCUCGAAGUACUGAAUAUGAAAGUUACCAGCUGUUCGACUCUGUAGUCGUGUACACUAUGGCGUAUGUAGAUGGUCGCGCGAUACACAAAACAUGGUAACGGUCAUGUAAAGAAAUCGUACUCGGUUAACAAAAAUCAAAAACAGAAGUCUACGAAACUUGAAAAUUUUGUGUAUAAAAAUGGUUUUGACAGUUAUUUUUAAAAGAACGAAAAGAUUCCCUUUACACCUACAUUGAAAACUCAUUGAGAUCGCGCCAAUCCGUACAUUCCGCUAAUCUGGACAUUCCGCCUUCCGGACACCCCCGCUAAUCCGGACAUCCUGCCUUUCGGCUGAUAACAGAACGUUAACCUGUAUACAACGAGGCAUCUUUAUAAGCAUAGUUUUGUUUUAUCCGAACAAUUUCAUUGAGAACGUUAUAUUUCCGGAUUGACGGGGUUUCGGUAUUUGCAAAUACGUUUCUGUCGAUACAUGACUUUGCGGCGAGGUAAAUCGUAAUGUAGUGUAUCGCGAUGAAUCGGUAGAGUCCUGCCCUAGUGGGUUUGGUGAUGUCGAAAUGUCGCAGUGUUCCUCUGUUACGUCGUCACAGAAGUGACGUUACUGAAUGACCUCCAUACUCAACAGUACUGUUCACACCCUGCGUCUGAACCGAUAACAACGCCCGCGUUACCCCGCCGUGCUGCAUGGUCGUUUUUUUUCUAGGAAACCUACACUGAUAAGGUCAUAGCAUUUAGUGUGUUAAUCACUCUAUUCAAACACAAUACACUCAAGGCAUACUAAACUUUCAAGUAUUCAAAAAUCGCAUCGGAGGCAGUUAACAAAUGUUGAAAAUUCAGGUUAAUUCAAUUGGGUUUCAAAAAGCGUCUGUGUCUGUUGACACAGGUUGUAAAACUCUCCUGCCUGUCUCCCUUUGCGUGGGCGGAGGUCGCUGUUGAAUAGAAAGGGCAUUCUUAUUUAACACACAGAGAGAAAACGCAGGGGUAUUUUUAUUGGAAAGGGUAUUAAAAUAGAAGUGUUUGUUUUUUCCGCAACAAGAAACAGGGUACCUGCAUGUGUGAAGGGCCUCGUUCACAAACUUAGCUUAGCGGCGCGCCCGUCUUAAUUAGGUCGUCUUAGUGCUAAGAGAUGCGGCGGGACAGCCUUGUGGAUAAAGCGCUCGCUCGUCACACCGAAGGUCCGUGUUCGACUCUCCACAUGGGUGCAAUGCGUGAAGUAUAUUUCUGGUGAUCCCAUUGCUGGAAUAUUGCUUAAAGCGCGGAAACCCUGCUCACUCAAUCAUUCCGUACUGCUUUGUACCAGCUGGGGAGAUCAGCUGUGCCAUCCAGUGUAGGGCUGACAUAAUAUGAUUAUCACUGUUCUUAUCACCAUCGUCAUAAUAAGCACGAUAAUUUAAAUUAUAUUUGGAUCUGACAUAAUGAGACAGAUUACUGCAACAUAAUUUUAAUCGCCUUGUGACAUACAAGCAAACGAUGAUAGUUUCAACGCCCUUAAUUAUAGUUGUCUGGCAAGGAAGGGGGACCUGAUUCACCUGAUAAGGUGUGGGGAGGUGAAAUGGGGUUUAACGUCGCGUCCAAGAUUAUUGCACUUAUAUAGCCACGUGCAUGCAUAUGCGUGUGUGUGUGUGUGUGUGUGUGUGUGUGUGUGUGUGUGUGGCUGCUUGUACUAGUCCGGGCUGAUGCCGAUUUAUAGUGCUAUCACACCGAGAUAGCAUGCCGCAGUUUAACACGAAUACCCCACUCAGACACAGUAUACUGACUCAGAGCCGACCAGUCUUUGUUUUAGCCCCUUAAUGUCGAGCGCCAGAGAGGGUAACAACAAGUACCACCUUUUAACGUAUUUUGGUAUGACGCGGCCAGGGAUCGAAUCCCGACGGGCAUACGCUCUACCACUAGACCACGGAGCCGGUCGAUUCUAUAUUUCACAGCACUGAGCACCUCACAAUGAUUAUUAAAAGUAAGUAUAUAAUAUACCAUUCAGCUGAUUAAAUCGGAUGUGAAAAUUAAACAUGUAAGAAUAAAACAGUCAUGGCUGUACUCGCCGCCAUGUUGCCACUGAGGCAGUUGUGUGUACAUAAGUGUCAGAUGAAAACAGGCUCAGAUAGCUGCGCCAUUACACGGCAUUCUUAUGCUGACAGUCGACUGCAGUGCCGGAUGAGUCAGGCAGAGUAUUGAAUGCCCUCCUAUAACGCUACAUGAGACACAAGCUGUACUUACCUGGUAGAUAGACACGGUCACGUGACCUGCACAGCUGGCGCUAUGUUGACUUUGAGAGCAUGCCAACAUGUAUGGGCCAAUUACAUCUGCACCGCCAGCUGAAUAGUGGCUCGUGACUUGAAUGUUUUAGUUUUGAGGCUGAAGGUAAACAUAACAGUACACAAAUAUUAUAACGGUUGGAAUUAAUCAACAUCUGAUCUAUCUUUAUGGCCCGAGGACAUAAGUGUAAAGCUUUUUUAAAUCAAUAUGUAAUUCAUAUUCAUUAUCAUCUCCUUGGAAGGCUUACAUUUAAUGUCAGGUUUGAAAGGGUGUGGUGGUACAGGGAGAGUAUAGGGCCUGUUCAAGCCUUAAGUUGAAAAGUAUUGGUUCAGUGUGACUUUUAGUCCGUAUCAAAACACUACUGAUGCAAGCAAUUCAGUGUUUAUAGAGAUUUAUGGUAAGCGUUUAAGUGUGUCUCUUCAGGAUUGACCUUUUUGUCAACAAUUAAAACUUCUGGUUGUAAAGCUUAUAAAAAGUUUAAAAAAGAAAUUUUGAAUGGGUUUUCAUUUCAGGCCCAAUAUUUUAGCCCUUUAAACGCAAAUGUACAUAACAAAUAGCGUUGUUGUUGUGGUGGAUGGGGCUCUUGACACGACGAAACGGUGGGAGAUUUACGAUCGGUUUUGUGUGUCAAUCUCAAGGCUUUAUUUAUCACGUGUUUCAAAUCACAGGUUUCGGGGGCUGUCGUGGAUGAAUUCUUGUCCCUAGGAAACACCCUACCCCGUAUCUAGGGACACAGGUGUUGCGUGGUUAUCCAAUCGGCACGCCUCGUCCCUUUCCGUUAGUUAGAUAUUCCCUAGGUUAUAUCAGCAGUGAACGGACUCUGCUGGUCAAGGUGGAGCUGGGCUCGUUUCCACAAACUGAACGUGAGACUAUCGUAACCUUCCCUCCUUCAACUAUAAAACACUAAGAUCGCUUUGUGCACACAGUCUCCGACUAUGCCACGACUGACGUAUGCUUGUAUGGGGGCAUCAUCCCGAGGCAAAGGCGUUAACUGACGAUAAAAACCCAGUUCCCACCCUUGCCGAACUAGACUGGAAUACCGGAGUUACAUUUUGGCCGGACUAACGAGUCUAUGCAUAGUCCAAUCAAAAUCGCGUCACGAACUAGACAUCCGGUUCGUAAGCAACAUGGACUUCAUCGUGUAUAUUUCGGUCGACUGCAGGAAUUGCAAAUCAUGUGUACCGCCAACUGGGCGUCGACAGAUAUUUUGCAAAUCCCUUUGAACCAGAUUUCGACAUCGCAUUAAAGGUCAUUAAUAUUUUAAAUCGCUCCUCAGUAGAAACUUAGGUGUUUAUAAUGUGCGAAAUAUGUCGAUGAGGCAUUUGCAAAAUUACCAUUACCAUAUUUGCCCCGUUAGGGUAGAACUCAGUCACUUCCACACAUGCGUAGUGUAGUUAUUCCGAGUUUUCACGAUCAGAUUUGUGUAUUAGUAUUAGAGCCAACUGAUAACAAAACGACGGAAUCCUUGCCAUGUAGGUUCACACUUGACAUGUCAAACAUCGCACGACAGACAUUCCAAUACGUCGUCGUCAUUGUAUGUGCUGACCUGCACGCACUUCAUGAAACAGUUGUAACCCGUCACACGUGACGUGUAUGUAGGAGCAGUUCGUGACAAGUCGUGUCAUUCCGUAAAGCACGAAUGAUGGAUCGACACCGGUUGUCACUGGACCAAGUCUGCAGCUAAACUUGGUGAAGAGGAUUAUAUAUCUUAAAGACGUAUUCUAUUGAGGUGUGAUAUUUAUUAUAUCAACCAACUUGCUAGAUUUGUUUAAGGAGGUGUGUUUUAAAGCGUGUAUACUGCCAAUAUUAUUCAUAUUUUUUUCCCACACGCCGAAUAUCAGUUUACGGAAAGAGACGAGUGGUUACGAUUCGUCGCGGAAUCAGACCUGGAUUAUGCUUACAUGUUUGCGAUUUGUUCUGAAAUCUUAGUUGAACAUAACUGACGGUAUAGAGUCUCGAGCUGACUCACUGCGACCGGUACUAGAACGCUGUAUUCACUGUGCUUAUGGAGAUCGUAUCUUGUCACUCAGUUUGCUGUAGAUUGUGAAGGACACUUGUUUGCAUAUAUAUUUAUUUUGUUAGUUGUACUGUGGUGUGUGAAUGUUGCAAGGCAACGCCCUCGUGAGCUGCGUUGUACAUGGGGAUAAUGCCCUCGUGAACUGCGUUGUACACGGGGAUAAUGCCCUCGUGAGCUGCGUUGUACUCGGGGAUAAUGUCCUCGUGAACUGCGUUGUAUUCGGGGAUAAUGUCCUCGUGAGCUGCGUUGUAUUCUUGUACAAUGUCCUCGUGAACUGCGUUGUACUCGGGGAUAAUGCUCUUGUGAACUGCGUUGUACUCGAGGAUAUUGUCCUCGUGAACUGCGCUGUACUCGGGGAUAAUGUCCUCGUGAACUGCGUUGUAUUCGGGGAUAAUGUUCUUGUGAGCUGCGUUGUAUUCGGGUACAAUGUCCCUGUGAACUGCGUUGUACUCGGGGAUAAUGGACUCGUUAGCUGCGUUGUACUCGGGGAUAAUGUCCUCGUGAGCUGCGUUGUAUUCGGGGCCAAUGUCCUCGUGAACUGCGUUGUACAGAGGCGUGGAUUUGAUAUUUGUAGGACUGUCGAUUGUAAAAAGUGUACAGAAAGACCGACUAUAUUUUAUCAUGUCAUUUAUCGUUGUUAGAAUCUCUUAAUAAAGUCUGCUUUAUCAA